CGCAAGGUAGGGGAGCGCUGGGAGGGCCAGUAAGCAUGUGCCUCCCGUCUCUGGCCCUUUAUUCUUGACCCUCCCAAGCACCCUUGAAUCAGAAUAUAAUCACUUCUAUUCUUCUACCAACUGUCAGCCACUUCCCUACUCUGUGGGCCUCUGGGGACCCUGAGACCAUAUGGGACUCAGCCAAAACUCCCCACAGGGUUCUAGAUGAAGCACAGCUCCCCUACCUCAGUAAGCAGGAAGGGGGGCAUCACAGUCAAGCCUAAACCUGAGAGAACAGAGCUAGAGGUUGUUCUGCUGCAGGAGGGUGGGGAGUUAGAAAACGGAUGGAGAGCUAUCACCUAUCCAGGCCCUUCUUGCCCUCUGGUGACCCCUAACACCUCCCACCCCCCAACGCCUCCAUCUCCAGGCAGGCUCCAGACACCAGGGGAUAUGUUUCUUUUAUGUCAGGUCAAAGUCACAGAGGCCACACACAGGCCCACCCUGAAGCACAGGAGACAAGGAUGUGAUCAUGACUCUUACGGAUAAAUGCAACCUCAGAAUCAUCCCUUAAGCUGGGAUCUCUACUUUCAUCUGGCUUCAGGUGGGCGAGGAGUCACAGAAACCUGGCCUCUGCCCCCAACGCCAUGAUCACAUCCUGCGGUACUUUCCUGCCCACACAUACUUCUUGACAUGCUGUCCACUUCCUCUUGCUCCCCUCAGGGGCCACUCCUGAUGGCAGCUCUCAGCAUGACAUCCUUGAAUCCUUUUCUCAUCCUUCUCCUACCUUUCCAUCAAGGCUAAUGCAAUACUAUUUUUGGCACCCAGGGGCCAGCCCUAGCACCUACUCUAGGCUCUGGAAACUGCAUCUCACUGGCUUUCUGGUGUAAGCCCUACAGUUAUAACAUCAAGGUCAGCAUGCCAGGCUAAGGGAAGCUUCUAGAAUUCCUGCUGACACUUCCCUCUUCCCAGACCCUCCACCUAAGGCUGGGCCCCUAACUCGACCUCUCCUCUGUCUGACCCAUCCAGUUUCUGUGGGGUCUGUCUCUUCAGAGACAACCAUGUGACUGCGAGGAGGGAGUGGGACAGACGGGGGUCAGGGGCAGGCCCAGUGGGUCUUGGGUAACUCAGUCCCACACUAGGACAAAGCCUAAACUCCAAACCUCAGGUCCCCUGGUGUCCCUGUAUCCUUAGCAGAAGGGUUAACACCUCCCAUUAGAAGUUUCUUCUGAUAGCAGGAGACUCUGUUAGGUGUGGAGGAGCUGAGUGUGCUGUAAGGGCUCCAUGCUGGACACUUCACGGCUGGUUGUGGGGCCGGAGCAAUCUCCUGUCUGCAAGUGGGAAUCAACAUUGUCUUGAGUGGAGCUGCCACAGUGCCACCGGGAGUGACAGCUCCACACCGCAGCCCAGGAGAGAUACUGGAGAGGGAAGCUUCAGCCAGAACACUGGGACCAGGAACAUGUCUAGCUGGGUGAGCAUCUGCGCAUCUGCCACCAGGGCUACACCUGCUGCACCAGUGAGAUGGAGGAGAACCUGGCCAACCAUAGCCGAAUGGAGCUGGAGACAGCACUCCAUGACAGCAGCCGGGCCCUGCAGGCCACACUGGCCACUCAGCUGCAUGGCAUUGAUGACCAGUUCCAGCGCCUGCUGAAUGACUCGGAGCGCACCCUGCAGGAUGCCUUCCCUGGGGCCUUUGGGGACCUGUAUACGCAGAACACUCGGGCCUUCCGGGACCUAUAUGCUGAGCUGCGCCUCUACUACCGAGGCGCCAACCUACACCUGGAGGAGACGCUGGCGGAGUUCUGGGCGCGCCUGCUGGAGCGCCUCUUCAAGCAGCUGCACCCCCAGCUGCUGCUGCCUGACGACUACCUGGACUGCCUGGGCAAGCAGGCGGAGGCACUGCGGCCUUUUGGGGACGCCCCACGGGAAUUGCGCCUGAGGGCCACCCGUGCUUUCGUGGCAGCACGCUCCUUCGUGCAGGGCCUGGGUGUGGCCAGUGACGUAGUCCGGAAGGUGGCUCAGGUACCUCUGGCCCCAGAAUGUUCUCGGGCCAUCAUGAAGUUGGUCUACUGUGCCCAUUGCCGGGGAGUCCCUGGGGCCCGGCCCUGCCCCGACUAUUGUCGAAAUGUGCUCAAAGGCUGCCUUGCCAACCAGGCCGACCUGGAUGCUGAGUGGAGGAACCUCCUGGACUCCAUGGUGCUCAUCACUGACAAGUUCUGGGGCCCGUCUGGUGCGGAGAGUGUUAUUGGCAGUGUGCACAUGUGGCUGGCGGAGGCCAUCAACGCCCUCCAGGACAACAAGGACACGCUCACAGCCAAGGUCAUCCAGGGCUGUGGAAACCCCAAGGUCAAUCCCCAUGGAUCUGGGCCUGAGGAGAAGCGUCGCCGUGGAAAACUGGCACUGCAAGAGAAGACCCCCACAGGUACUCUGGAGAAGCUGGUCUCGGAGGCCAAGGCCCAGCUCCGAGACAUUCAGGACUUCUGGAUCAGCCUCCCAGGGACACUGUGCAGUGAGAAGAUGGCCAUGAGCCCUGCCAGUGAUGACCGCUGCUGGAAUGGAAUGUCCAAGGGCCGGUACCUACCUGAGGUGAUGGGUGAUGGACUGGCCAACCAGAUCAAUAACCCUGAAGUGGAAGUGGACAUCACCAAGCCUGACAUGACCAUCCGGCAGCAGAUCAUGCAGCUCAAGAUCAUGACCAACCGUUUACGAGGAGCCUAUGGUGGCAAUGAUGUGGACUUCCAGGAUGCCAGUGAUGAUGGCAGUGGCUCAGGCAGUGGUGGUGGAUGCCCAGACGACACCUGUGGCCGGAGGGUCGGCAAGAAGAGCUCCAGCUCCCGGACCCCCUUGACCCAUGCCCUCCCUGGCCUGUCAGAGCAGGAGGGACAGAAGACCUCAGCCGCCAGCUGCCCAGAGCCCCACAGCUUCUUCUGGCUCUUCCUCUUCACCUGGGUCCUUGCAGCAGCCAGGCCCAGGUGGCGGUAACUGCCCCCUAGCCCCAAGGACUGUUGGCCAAAACAUGCAACAGACAAUAUUUAAUUCCCUUGGCCCUUGGGGCUGAGGGCAGGAUAAGGAGACAGUAGCUCUGAGUGCUGGGGCAGGGUGCAUGGGGUCCUGGCCUCCUGGGUCUGGCGGCGCCUGUCACCCUAGCUUUUAAUUUUGUAUCAGGUCAGCUGCAAGCCAGUGUCCCCAAAAGCCAUGUAUUUCAGGGACCUCAGGGGCACUUCUGGCUGCACACUCCUCCCUUCCCUUCCUGCACCACCCCAGAAGCUCAUGAGGCCAGCCUGAAGGGCGGCUGUUAGCUACAACCCAUCGGAGACCUCAAGUGAGCCUGUGCCUUCCUCUCCUGCCUCUUCCCACUGAGGACUCCCCACCAGACUCCGUGGGCCACAGAUGUCAGAUAUUUUAAGGCCCAUCCCGCAGCUCCCCAGGAAGCCUGUGAGGGACACCAGUAUGUCAGUGUCCAGGCUCUGGCAGGGCCUUCAUGAUUUGCAUGAUACCUUCUGCUCAGAAGCAGCUCCGCAGCCAGGAUACACACACACACACACACACACACACACACACACACACACA